AUGGCAGGUUCUCACAGUUCACAAAUUGAGGGGAAGAGGGUCAAAUCUCCUGGUUGGACCGCCUUUGACCGCAAGAUGCGGAGGAAUGAAUGUCCGGAACCCAAGGAUGGCAACGAUCCUUUUCCACCAGUUUCAGACCCUCAGGGUCCCAAUCUGGGCUUGAAACACUGGUCACCGAUAAGGAGUUUCUCUUCAGUAGUUCAUGCUUCUGUGGAUUCUCAAUCUCGUGAGCAUAGAAUCAAGUUGGAAGAUUUGGAUGAACUUCAUGCAUCGAAGCCCAGAGAUGAUGCAGAUCAUAUUUCCAUGGAAACUAAUGCCCUGUCAUCUAUUGAGCGUCUGAAAUCCAUUCAUGGAUGGGCUGAUGAGGGUUUGAUUUGGGAUAUCUUAGCAGAGGUAGGCAAUGAUGAAGAUAAGGCUACUACGCUCUUAGGAGCCAUGGUGUCACCCAUAUUUAGUUCGAAAGAUACGGACCCUAAAGAAUCAAUGAUUGUUCCAGAGGACCAAAUCUCCGAACUGAACUUUUUGCCGAGAAAUCACUCUUUGGAUAAUUCUUUAGAGAAACUGAUGUCACUGAAGUUGGUCUCUGCACCUGUUGAGCCUGAUUGGGAAGAGGAUGACGUCUACUUAAGCCACCGCAAGGAUGCAAUUAGGAUGAUGAGGUAUAAAUAUUUUAUGUUAUUCUUCAUGAGUUGACCUAAGAGUGAAUUUGACUUCUCAAUUGCUAUGAUCGUGGUGGCCUUUGAUUCAAAAUCGAAUUCCCCAUUUAUCAUUUUCUCCAUGUUUGAUCCUGUUUCCAUAUCUUGAUUGCUUGACUAUGCGCUCUUCUUUUCAUCCGACAGAUCAGCAGCUAACCAUUCACGAGCUGCUGCUAAUGCCUUCCAAAGGGGCGACCACCAUUCUGCAAGGCAACUCUCGCUGAAGGCCCAAGAAAAACGUGUUUCUGCAGAGAAGCUGAACACAGAAGCUGCCCAGGAGAUUCUACGUAUUCGGAAUUCUACCAAUGACAUGUGGAAAUUAGACUUGCAUGGUCUUCAUGCGUCGGAAGCUGUGAAAAUGUUGACAGAGCAUCUUUCUAGGAUCGAAACACACCUAUCAUCUAAGCAUGAGCCCAACGAUGGGCCGCUGGUCCAUUCAUCACUCAACUCUCGCAACAAAAUGGCAGGACAAGCAGUCUUACAAGUCAUCACAGGUGGAGUAAUUGCCUUAUUGAUAUAUCUCAGAAAUAGUCGGUGUUUUAACCUAGAAAUCUAGCAGAAUGAUGCUAUGAAAUAUUUAUACUCUCAUUAUUUAAUUAAAUAUUGUGCUGUUUUCCCUCAGGUACUGGCAACCACAGCAGGGGGCCCGCUGCGCUCCCCGCAGCAGUGAGAGGCUUCCUCAUCGAAAAUCGGUAGAUUACUAACACCAAGAAGAACUAUAUGCCCAGUCGGCCAUAUUUUCUGUUAUAAAUUAUGAACAUUUGAUCAAUGUUUGCAUUAACGCUGAAGACCUGCUCCCAGGUAUCGCUUCGAUGAUGUGAGAGCCGGGGUGAUCGCUGUCCGUCCAAAGUUCCGCCAUCGAUCUAUGGCAAGAGAUGACGCAAAAUCCCGGCCGUAA